CACCAUUACCCACAAGGCACCGCGCUCCGCCACAAGCUGGCUCCCUCCGCUCUGGGAGUGUUUCGCAUUUAAACAAACACGGUCCUGCUGAAGAUGGCGGAGAGUUUGUAGAGGCGUCAAAUAAACUGCUCCACUCAAUGAAAACAUCGCAGCCGGUGCUGAUAUGCGCUGAAGAUGAGCGGCGUAGGAGACAACCUGUUGGAGCCGCUGUGCGCCGACCGCAAGCGUAAACUGUCCACCUGCGACACGCCGGGCUUAGGGUGUGACAAGCGUCGGAGGGAACAGGAGAGCAAGUACAUCGAGGAGCUGGCUGAGCUCAUCUCUGCCAACCUCUCCAACAUCGACAGCUUCAACGUCAAGCCGGACAAAUGUGCCAUCCUCAAGGAGACCGUGAGGCAGAUCCGACAGAUCAAAGAGCAAGGAAAGAGCUCUUGCAGUGAUGACGAUGUCCAGAAGGCAGACGUGUCUUCCACUGGUCAAGGGGUCAUCGACAAGGACCAUCUGGGGCCGCUGCUCCUACAGGCCCUGGAUGGCUUCCUUUUCGUCGUCAACCGGGAGGGCAGCAUCGUGUUUGUGUCGGACAACGUGACGCAGUACCUGCAGUACAAGCAAGAGGAGCUGAUCAACACCAGCGUGUACAACAUCAUCCACGACGAGGACCGGGAGGAGUUCCACAAGAAUCUCCCCAAGUCUAACGCACCAAACGGGGCAUCGUGGGCUGGAGAGGCCCCGCGGCAGAAGAGCCACACCUUCAACUGUCGAAUGCUGGUGAACUUCGUUCAUGGUCCGGGUCAUGGGUUGUCAGAAGAGAGGCCCGGGGGCCAUCGCUAUGAGACCAUGCAGUGUUUUGCCCUCACUCAGCCCCGGGCCAUGAUGGAGGAGGGAGAAGAUCUGCAGUCAUGUAUGAUCUGCGUGGCACGACGUAUCAUUGCAGUAGAGAGGACAGAGAGGUUCAGCACCCGACAUGAACUGUCUGGUAAGCUGAUUGAGAUCGAGCAGCAGACCUCCCUUAGCACCACUAUGCGUCCUGGCUGGGAGGACCUGGUGAGGCGCUGCAUGCAGAUGUUCCUCCAUCGAAGUGAGGGACAACCGUGGUCCUACAAACGCCACUAUCAAGAUGCUUUCCACAAUGGCCAUGCGGAAACCCCACUCUACCGCUUCUCACUCGGGGAUGGCACCCCCGUCACAGCGCAGACCAGAAGCGACCUCUGCAGAAAUCCCAACACCAAUGAACCCCACUCUUUCCUCUCCACACACUUGCUCCAAAGGGAGCAGAAUAGUUAUCGCGGAAACCAGGUUGGAAGCAUGAGGCCUCAAAACAUGGCUGUGAACAACCCCAACCAGCCGAUGAACAUGGGACCAGGGGGGGGCAUGACCAUGAACAGGGGCUACGGCAUGGCUGAGCACGGCAACAUGCCACAACGCGGAGUGCCUCCGUACGCUGGGGCCAACCGCAUGAAUCCCAUGAACCACAUGAAUCCCAUGCAUCAGAUGAAUCAAAUGAACCCCAUGCAUCAGAUGAACAGCAUGGGCCAAAUGAAUCAGAUGAAUCCAAUGGGUUCCAUGCAUCCAAUGAGCUCCCCCAUGAACCAAAUGGGGCAAAUGAAUCAGAUGGGCCACCAUGGUAUGCAUCAGCAGCAGCAGCAUCCGCACCAACAUCAGCACCAACAUCAGCAGAUGGGUCAGUUCCACGGAGGUGGAGGCGGACCCGGAGGAGGUGGGUACGGAAUGGGAAUGACCAGCCCCCCACUGGCUAGUCCCGGUAUAAAUGGCCCCCCGCACAACGUCAUGGGCUCCCCCAGAGUCCGAGGAAGCCCCAAGAUGGGUGCCAGCCCCUUUUCUCCCGGAGGUAUGAACUCUCCCAUGGGCUCCGGCCACCCUGGUAACUCUGGAGGAGGGACCACCUUCUCCAGCAGCUCCUUGAACGCCCUGCAGGCCAUUAGUGAGGGAGUGGGCAAUCCGAUGCCCUCCCCCCUCACGUCUCCGCCCGCUCACAAGCCGGACAGCUCCCCGAGCAUCAACUCCACCAACCAGGCAGCGGGGGGGCCGUGUAAACCAAGCCUCCCGGCCUACGCUGACUCCAAGAGUCCAGGCAGCUCGCUGGCAGGGGGAGGAGAGCCGCAGUCACAGCAGAAUCCACGCACCCCCACCAGCGAGGGCCCGCCUGACAAGCCAGACAGCCAGGCCGGCAGAGAGGCGGGUCCGGCCGGGGGUGAAUCCAACCGACGGGUCGCUGACACCAAGUCCCACAAGAAGCUUCUGCAGCUCCUCAUCUCCCCAACAGAUGAGCUGGUGCCGCCUAAUCACCCACCCGGCUCCACACCGGAGGCUAAAGACGGAACGGCCGGGGUCACCAGCCCCUCCUCCUCCACAGGAGUGUCCUCCUCUACGGGCGCCGUGUCUUCCUCAGGCGGCACAGGGCCUUUGACGAGUCAGUCGCUGCAGGAGAAGCACAAGAUCCUACACAAGCUUCUGCAGAACGGGAACACUCCCGACGAGGUGGCUCGCAUCACAGCCGAGGCCACCGGAAAGAGCAGCCUGGAUCCGGGGGCCCCGGAGCCCGGGCCCGCAGCAGCCGGAGCGGUCAGGGGAUCCGAAUCAAAGCAGGAGGAGCAGAGCCCGAAGAAGGAGAAACCCCACGCUCUCCUUCACUACCUCCUGAAUAAGGACGACUCUAAGGAAAGCGCUGACGUCAAGCCGAAGCAGGAGGAGCUGGAGGGGAGAGGAGCUCAAGGGGCGGGGGUCACCAGCUCUGACCCCCACUGCAUGGAUGGGAAGGUCAAGAUGGAGCCGUCAGAUGAGGCGGAAACCCUGGAGACCAUUUUGGGUGUCCCAAGGAACAACCCCGGCUUCUACCCGGAGCCGGACUCCAGAGCAGGGAAGGACGCGGGGAACAAACAGGGAAACGGGCCCGACAAUUUACGCGAUGGGGAGAGAGGCCCCGUGCCUCCAGCUCAGCGGGCCCCCUAUCAAAGAGCCUUGUCCAUGGAUGCCAAGCCACCCGCGGGUGGAGAGGGAGGAGGUGGAGGAGGGCUGGCCGGGAGACGAAAUGUCCCCUGUCCCACGUUGGUCAAACAAGAGAAGAUGGAAGCUCCGAUUCGACCGGGGCCCUUUCCCAAUGGCUUUCCAGGGGGCACGGCUGUGGGUUCACCACGGGGCCACCCAACAAGAGGAAUGGGCAGAGGGAUGGGAAUGCCUCAGCGGCCUCCCAUGUCGGCGCCACCGGACUGGGGGAUGCCGAGGUCCGGCGGCAGCCCCGUGGCCGGACAAGUACACCCGGGUAUGGGUCGCUCUGGUCCAAUGGGAGGACCCAUGAUCAACCGGUCCAACAGUGUGCCUGGGAAAACCAGGUCUAUGCUGCAGCAGCAACUCAUGGAUAUGGGUACCAAUGAAGCCAAUAUGGGCAUGAGCCCGUUUGGUGGACAGGGGCCUCCACCUCGGUCUCCGUCCUGGCCAGACUCUGCUAUGGGACUGGACAGGCCAAAGGCUAAAUCAAACAGGGACCAGUUCGGGCACCCUCUGGAGGAGCUGCUGGGGCCCCGGGGCCACAGCGAGGGCCCGAGCGAUGAACGGGCUCUCCUUGAUCAGCUGGAUUCUCUGCUCAAUACCACUGAUGUCAUUGCUCUGCAGGAGAUAGACCGAGCCCUUGGCAUCCCUGAAAUAGUAGGCCAGAACCACGGACCCGAAGGCCACCAGCAGGGCCCGGAUCGAAGCCAGGGCCGCUGCCCACCAUCAGAGCCUUUCACGGGGUCCGACUCCUCGAUAGGCAUGGACCAAAAACCUGGGUAUAACCAAGGUUACCCUGGGCCCCCGGGGCCUUCCUCUAUUGGCAUGCAGCCGGGUUAUGGUGGCAACACAAUGCAAGGCCAGUCUCCUGGAGGCUUCAACCCCAUGAUGAAUCAAGCGGGCCAGGCGGCGGGCUUUCCUGGCAUGGCCGGGAUGGGGGGCAUGGGUAACCCCCGUGCAAACAUGAUGCGACCUCGCAUGAUGAGUGCCACCAAGCCUCUCCGGCUGCAGCUGCAGCAGAGACUGCAAGGACAACAGUUUAUGAACCAGACCCGACAAGGCAUGAAGAUGGAACAUGCACCCGGGGGAAACCCUGCAAUGCAACCCGGCAUGCAGCCCGGCAUGCAGCCCGGCAUGCAGCCCGGCAUGCAGCCCGGCAUGCAGGCCGGCAUGCAGCCCGGCAUGCAGGCCGGCAUGCAGCCCGGCAUGCAACCCGGCAUGCAGGCCGGCAUGCAACCCGGCAUGCAACCCGGCAUGCAACCCGGCAUGCAAGCUGGGAUGCAACCUGGCAUGCAGCCCGGCAUGCAGGCUGCAGGCAUGGGUGGUCAGCCUGGUUUCCUCAACGCUCAGAUGAUUGCUCAGCGCAGCAGGGAGAUGAUGACCAUGCAGAUGAGAAGGCAGCGGAUGAUGAUGAUGAUGCAGCAGCAGCAACAACAGCAGCAGCAGCAGCAGGGCCAGGGGGCAGCAGCAGCAGCUGCUGCAGCAGCAAGGGGCUUCAGCCCUCCUCCAAAUGUCACAGCCCCAGGAGGCAUGGACGCCUCCAUCGGAGGCCCUCCCAUGAACCAGCCUGGACAGCAGGGCUUCAGCUAUGGAGGUAACUAUGCAGGGAUGAACCAGCAGGGGGACCCAUCAUUCAUGGCUCCGGUUAGCAGCCCGCCAGGAAACAUGAUGCAGGCACGAAUGGGCGUUCCAUCACAGACCACCAUGAUGCCAGGGAUGCAGGGCAAUCCACAGGGGGGGCCGAUGUACCAGUCUGGAGACAUGAAAGGCUGGCCACAGGGCGGCAUGCCACGCGGCAACACAUAUCCCCAGCAACAGUUUCCCCAGCAGGGCAACCAGGGUCAGUUUGGCCCCAUGAUGAUGAACAACUCUAUGGGUGGACCCGGGCCCGUCAGCGGGGCUCCUGGUGGGGGUCAGAUGGCCCAACUGCCAGGACAGAGGCAGGGCCAGAUGCAGGGCCACCAGAUGCAGGGCCAGAUGCAGGGCCAGAUGCAAGGCCAGAUGCAGGGCCAAUUAGGCAUGAACCCCAUGGCAAUGGGCAGAAUGCCUAUGGGGCCCGAUCAGAAGUAUUGCUGAAAACCAUGUGGCUAAUAACAGAAUCUGGAGCCUUUUGACUGUGUCGGAACCCUGCGAAGAACUGGACCUACUCACACACACACACACACACACAGACAUGUAAACACACAAAGUAGGAGUUCUCCGGCUUUAAAUGUGACGCAGGAGACUCUGCACGACAUGCGGCUCAUCGUGGAGGAAGCGGGCUACAGGGACAACCGACGCCUCGCAUACUGUACCCCCUGUUACGGUCACGCUCGAACCCAAAAUAUCAGCGCGUGUGGGUGAGCGACCCGGAGCCGCGCGGCGGGGCUGCAGGACCGGACUAUGGUACAACUAGCUGUGGCUGCACUUUACCUUGUAGCUUCUGUGUGGAACAAAGAUCGAUGCAAUAUUUCUUCAUCAUUACAGCCAUGUUAGAGAUUCAAUGCCUUCACAACGAUGGGUUAUUUUUUUUCUUCUUCUUCUUCUCCUUUUGGAUGCGCCUCAUUCUCGAAGUCAUCGGAAGCUAUAAGCACAGUUUACUAUGUUAUGCAGAACGGAGCAAUAAGUGUUGCCUCUAUGCUUUAGACUGUAACUGAGCAUCAUAACACCUGUUAUGAGCAAACAAAUGGUACUGCAGUAUUACGUCUCAAAUGUCCUCUGUGAAUAUGAAUUGUAAAUAUUCUACAAAAUAUAUCAAACAUGCUUUUUAAAGGCCCAUUAUUGCACAAAGUAUGAGACCUGGUUGUAUUUUUGUGUCCCAUAGGUCAAUACUGAUUUGGUUAAUUUGCUGCAUCAUCUUUUUUUUUUUUUGUUUAUUGCUCCUUGCAAAUAUUGCAGGCGUGUUUGGGGUUUCCUUCCCUCAUUUGUCAUUUUCUCAGAAUGCUGUAUUUUGUGUCUUUUUGUUUUCCAAAAAGUCAUGUAUUCCAUGUUUUUAGCGAGGCACUUUUCCUUGUGAUGAGUACCUGACGGGUUGAAGGUUUUGUCGGAAGGUGAUGUGGUUUCUGUGGGGCUGCGGUUGAGGCGGGCUGUGUCCGGUCCGCAGUACGGUGAAGACGGCGACACCAACUCCGCAGUGAACCGACAAGCUCGACCCCUGACCCCCCCCCCGGCCCAGCCCUGUCUGUUGACUAUAUUUUUCUUAUCGUUUUCUGUUGACUGUUAUUCUAAACUCGCUGAAUCUACCUUUUUCAACCUGCGCAAUCCAAAGAUAUUUUUCCACAUCUCUGUAUAGUUUCUGGUGUACAUUUUUUAGCGAUGUGUGUUAUAUUAGUCUGAUGGUAAAUGGAUACAAAUCCCAGAUCUGUAAAAACAUUUGAUGGUUUUGUACUGCAAGAUUAGGGAGGCCUAUGGAGCACAGGGCUGAGUCGGUCCACAGAGGGACGCCGUUGGUGCAAAGAGGACUGGGAAACUCACCCCCACAGGAGGACGUUUUUACAUCCAGAGACGAAACAACAAAAAAUAAACACAGCAUGAUUUGCUUGAAAGAGAAUUACUAAUGGAAUGAAAUCCACUUCGAGACAUAUCAGUAUCUCUUCUAACUGUCAGGAAGCAACUUUUAUGUCCCGCUUUUUGUUACUUCAUGAAAAAAAACAAAAAAACUUUAUAGAGUUUGAAUGAAGUGCAAAAUAGAGGCAAGAGAUCAUUUGGUUUUGGUUUUCUUUGUUUGGAGGUAAAAUAAGCUGUCAUUUUACAGGAUGUAUAUUACAGAUUUUUUCUGUUGUUGAUAUUGAUGUAAAUACAAAUUUCUAUUUAAAAUCCCU